AUGGCCGAAACGAACCAACAGCCUGAUCUGGGAGAUCCCCAGGUCAAUGCCAAUUCACUCAUAUCAUGGCUUGAGGAACAGCCAGAAUCAGAGCUGGUAGCUCGGUCUCAAGACCUUUAUGACCAGCUCUUAUUUGGAGCCUCUCAACCCCGGCACUCUUCUGUGCUAGCCUGCACAAAGCUGUGCGGCUUUGUUCAGCAUUGCACAAAGUCUCGUCAUGCUGUCGUUCAAGAAUGGGCCUUUUCGGAGCCCACAGCCAUGAAGCUGUUCGACUUUUACAUUGAGUGGAACGAGAAGGACCAGCAUCGCUCCAUGAAGCUGGUCCUUGAUCUUUUGACUGUUCUCACCGGACAAAAUCCGGAUAAAAAGACUGCGGCCUCCAUCCGCAGGCAUAUGCUGAUCAACCUGGUGUCCAUCAUCACCAGGCAGUCAACAAGACCCCUGGUCAAGUCAUGCAUCAACUCUUUGAACCAUCUGUUCGUGAGGUCUGUGUACAAACUUGAAGACAUUGCAAACACUUAUCGAGAGGUCGAGCCAGCAGUGGCAUCGCUUUCAGAUCUUGAACUCUGGAGACGAUUCUGCAGUGCCCUGGUUUCUUGGAUGUAUCUUCACUAUGUCUGCUCAGUUGCAGGCAAAUUUAUUGUCACUGUGUUUAGGGCACUACGGGAUCUUGCUCAAGCUGGUCCAGAAUCCAGCAGUCUCCGCGAGCUUACCGUUGAGACGUGGCUAGAUUGGCUACACGAAGAAUUGCGUGCUAAUCCGGCCAUCCUGGAGAACAUCAAGCUUUACAUAUUUGUCCCUCUUUUCAAGACGGACCGACCUCGGUCUCUGGAACUCCUAGACAUACUCAACCGACCGCCCACGGAGAAGGCGUCCCGUAGCGAUGACAACGAGCUGGACAUGGAUGCCAUUCUACGCUUGGCCGCGCUCGAGGUGGGAAAGAAGUCAGGCUUGGUGGAAGACCCAGGUUCUUCAAGUCUUCAAAAGUCCUCAAAGUACAUUGUGCUUGAUGUGAAAGUCAUGGAAAGCGUUCUCUCGCAUCCAUCGCCUCGUAUAAGACUGUUGGCACUCUCACUGUUGGCCACUUCUCCUUCCAGUACAAAACCGUACCCAGCUGAAGCGCUUUCUUUGUUGAAAACUCAUCUGCCUGCUUAUCACUCGGACCCUGGUGCGGGCUUCCGCCAAGAAGCCCUCGUGUAUACCAAGACCAUGAUUCAACGGAUAAAAGGAACCAUCACUGCCGGCCAAAAAGCCGUUGCAGGCACCACUUCAGGUAGUGAUAAGGCAUUGCCCAAGAACGCCGCUGCAAAGGUUGCCGUUAGUCAGGAAAUCAUACAGGAGCAUGAAAGCUUUUCCAAGUGGUAUAUGAGCUUCCUCCUCGGAGAGCUCGUGCCAACAGCCUCAUACCAGCGGCAUAUCACUGCGCUCCGAGCCAUAGUUCAAGUCCUGAAUUUCGGAAAGGAGCUUUGUGGUAAUUCCAUUUUUCUCGACUACUCAUGGAUACGCUCGAUUCUCGACCUAGUCGUUGACCCCUUUUCCGAUGUGCGCGAGACAUCAAUCUCUCUGCUUAUGCUAGCCCCAAGGGAGGAUGUUGAAGCACUCGUUCAGACGGGACCUGACUCGUCGAAGAAGCUGGUCGACCUGGUUCGCGAUUUCAGGGUUCAGGCUGCAGCGAUGGCUUCUCGGACCGGCAGAGCUGACCAUGGUGAUGGAUCGGCACGUCUUCAGGGACUGCUCUGUAGCUGGGCCACUUCGCUGGACCAGCAGCUAGAUAUUCUCAACCGGACCAUAGCUGAUAUCGACAUGAAGUUGGCGGUGGCAAAGCGAGAUAUCGCAUUAGCUGUGGUCGAGCAUCCUGUGCAUGGAGAUUUUGCAUCUAUCAGUUGUGCAUGGGAGGUUUUGAGCAAAGCCAAAUACUCGGCCGAAGACUUGGAGAGACUGGUGCCGAUUCAGCACCGUGUUGUCGAAUGCUCAAAGGAGAUAUGGAACGUCGUAAAGCCUAUUCUUUGUGAUGAUUCUCCAGAAGGCCACUUGCCCCAAGAAAUGGAAGAAUCUCAGGGGCUUGACACCAAAGGGCUUCUCAGCUACAGUUUCAGGGCUAUACAUGAAUCUAGCUCUAACGAGACUCUCCUACUCCUGUUCAGCAACACAAUGCGCCUGAUCAUUGCUCCGCUCAGAUUCAGCCGUGUUAAGGGAACACUAUGUCCCCCAGGCGAUAUUUUCAAGCAGAUCGGCAACUUGACUUUUGAGCAACUCUCCAGUCUUAGGCACAGAGGAGCUUUCAGUACUGUAUCUCUGACAUUCGUCACUUGCUGUCAGCUCGUCGAAGACCCGUCUGUAACAUCCCCAGAUGCUCCGGCAGAAGAGACUCUCCUCUUCUCCUGGUACAAGGGCACACUUGAUUGCAUCUUUGCCCAAGUAUCGACGACGCGUCGGUCCGCAGGCAUUCCGGCACUUAUGACGGGCAUUCUCGCGGCAAACGCAUCCCGGCCGUCGUUCGACGAGGUCAUUUCAGAACUUGGAGAGAUUGCACAGCGCCCAGCACGUGUUGCUGAGACAGACGGCUCCAAUCUCCCCCAGGUGCAUGCCCUUAACUGUAUCAAAGAUGUCUUUAAAAGCUCACUACUGAGCGUACGAGCUGAAAAAUAUCUGCCGACUUUCCUCCGGGUCGCCACGAACAGCCUUCGAUCCGAAUUAUGGGCAAUCCGAAACUGUGGGCUCCUUCUCCUAAGGAGUGUUAUUGACUCCCUUCUGGGCAACGCUGACAGCAAAGCUCUGCUCGAGGCUGGAUGGGAUGGGAGAACGAUACGUAUAUCUUACGUUAAAUACUCAACCCUCGCCGGAAUUCUUGUCAGCUUGCUGCAGUCCGGCCAAGAAGCGCAGGACACAGAAUCGCAGCGGAGGGCCGCCGAGUCCGUAUUCCCGGCACUGGACAUCAUCCGCCGCGCAGGGCCGCCCGAUUCACACAGGGCGCAGCUGUACUCCCUGGUCUCUGACUACUUGGCGAGCCACCUCUGGCAUGUCCGGGAAAUUGCAGCGCGUACCUUGAGCUCGUUCCUGGUAUCCAUGGACCACAUGGCAGAAAUCUCCAGUUUGUUGGAAAAGGCAAAGAACUCUGCAAACAGGCUACACGGUACUCUGCUUUCUAUCAAGUUCUUGGUUGAGAAGGAAAAUCUCGGCAGCGACAUGAUUGCCAGCCUGUCAUCUGAGAUCGAGUCGAUUGCCGAUCUUGAGCUAUAUCAGCGUUGCCCGCAAGUUCAGGCUGUCCAUCUCGAUCUGUUUUGCUUGCUUCUAAGGAGGUCAUCAUCACAUAUCGACAGCCACUCAGGUAGCUCAAUAUCCCCACUGGCCAACAAAAAUCACCCGGCUUUGAUCUUGGACAUGGCACAGAGCACACCAGAUGCCUCACUCCUUCGAAUUCAGUGUGGACUCGAGGCCGUCCAGCGAGUCACGCAAGUCGGUAAUCCGGACCAGCUGAGAGAUGCCGUGCUCGAAAUGUGCGCGGUAGACACAAAUGCCGCAGCUCGCAUGAUUGAUGCAGUACCCGACUUAUGGAAGACGGCCAGUGAUGCCAAAGUCACGUCACAGCUAUGCCACACAUAUAUUUAUAUUGCCAUGAGGAAUCGCGAUGAAGAAGUUCGCGUGGCGCUGCUCAACAACAUCGCUGCUACGUUGGAGAGCUUGGUCUCGGCACAUGAGUUGGAUCUGCUUCCUGCAUCCCAGGACCUCAGUGCCUUGUGGUGCACCAUCCAAAGUUGUCAGAUGAACCCAGCCAUCUUCCAGGCUUGCCUCAGGACGAGCGGGCCUAUGAUGGCUGCCCUGUGUCUUCAUACAGGGCAGGACGGUGUGAACCAGACACUGGGGCAUCAGCUGCGGUCCUGGUCGACCAUCAUUAGCGAGGCUGGUCAUGACGAUAAUGCAUUCGAUACCCGAGAAUCUGCCGCUCUCGCCAUCAAGUCGUUUACCGCAGCAGUGGGCAGUUGGUGCGCGACCAGCCAGACCGAGACCUACCUUCCCUUGCUGCUAGCUCUCUACGACACUCUGAACGACGACGACGAGGAAAUACGAGACAUUGGCGCCGCCGCCGCAGCUCCCGUCCUGGGCAAGCUCCUGGUCCCAACCGAAGCUGCACCCCAGCUCCUCGAGCACGUCGUCGCCACCAUGCCCACAUCCAAAGAGUUCAAAAGCUACGUGGCCCACAGGCUCACAGGCAACUCCAAGAUCUACCCAUCCAUGGACCAAGCGAGCGCCACUAGCAAGUCAUUAUCGUCCACGACCAGCCCCCGCGACGAGCUCCGCGCCGCCCUGACCUUUGACGAAUCCCUCUUCGUCAUCGAGGAGCAGAACCUCUUCAUCGACGAGGUCCGCGAGACCCAGCGCUGGGUCCACGCCCUCGAGGCGCUCCAAGUCGAGCCGGCCGGCCACGACGCCACCAUCGUCAGCCUCAAGGCGUGGGCCGUCGAGGGCGUCGAGGCCGUGACGAACCAGGCGGCGCACGACACCGACGGACCGCUGGGCUGGACGUCGCAGCCCAAGGUCUUUGCCAUUUGCUGCAGGUACCUGCUGGUCGCCGAGGCGAUCGCGAGGGUCUUUGCCGACGAGCAGGUGCGGUCGCUGCUCGUGGCGUGUUUGGACGCGUGCCGCAAGGCUGGCGUUCAUGGGACGUUGCUCGAUAUGGCCACCACGGCUGUGUGA